AUGAGCGCCAAGGGAAUUAACCUGAUGUUGGCCAUUUCGAUGCUUUAUUCAAUCAUGGAAACAAAUUCCCGCUUUGAAUUUACGAACUUAAACUGCACUGCUUUUGACCUGCGAGUUGGGGAAUUCGAGUACUGCAACUUAAAGUCGAUAAAUCGAAGCUACAAAUAUGUUUCCGGAAAGUAUAAAUUACAUCAAAUUCCGCUGCCGAACAUGAAGGUAAAUUUCAUAAUGUGGAAACGACUCAACGGAUACAGGCCUUUUCUCUACAACAUAACAGUAGAUGCAUGCAAAUUCAUUGAGAAUCCGAAAUCUAACCCGGUCCUGAAAUAUAUAUUCGAAUCAUUUUCCGCGUAUUCCAAUAUGAACCACUCGUGUCCCUACUCGAGCGACUUAAUUGUGGAAAGGCUGCCCAUUGGCUUUAUGAAUCAUCGAGUAACUGAAAUUCUUCCCAUUCCCGAGGGCAAUUACCUGUUUGAGUUUCGCUUCAGUCACCGAAAAUCUAUUUUUGCAGGCACUCGAGUCUAUUUUACUAUUUCAUAAAAGUGUCAAAUGUGUACAGAAUUAUAACUUAUCGAAUGUUUAAAGUGAAAGCUGAGAACUUGAACAAAUGGCCGAGCUUAUUUGUUAGUGUGUUGGUUUUGUAGUUACGAUCGUUUAUCAAAAUUGCAAAAAUAAGAGUUGAAGUCAUUGCUACUGUUAUCAAUAACAUAAUAUGCCAGCGUAAGUAAAUCCCCUUGGUUACUUUUCAAUUAACAAGAUUUUUAUGGACCUGCAUUAACCCUCAAUAAAGUUAAACACAAAAUUGGCCCCAAACAAAGAGGCUAAGACCGCGGCUGGGGGAGAAUUGUAUAAAUGAAAACUAAAUAUUUACUUUGGGCCCUUGUUAUUGCUGCCA